AUGGAAGCCUCUUCUUCUCAUGAAGUCAUCUUGUCUAUGGUCGCCUCCUCGAGCGAGCAACAAUUGUCGCCUCUAAUUGAGAAGAAUUGUCGAAUUGAGGAUGGAAAAAUUAGUGACGAUGGUAUUCCAUUUGAAGGGAAGGAGUUUCAGACGGACAACGAUGCAUACAACUGCUACAAUGCAUAUGCAAAGAAGAUUAGGUUUGGAAUUCACAAAGAUACUUUUGAAAAAUCAAAGAAAGAUUCAAGAAAGAUUCUUUUGAGGACUUUUGUUUGUGAUAAAGCAAUGAGAAAGAGAGCAUCAACUAAAAAUGCAAGUGGAUUGAUUAUCAAUCGUCGUUCGGAAACUAAAGUUGGUUAUGGUGCAAAAAUGACGAUUAGGCUUACUUCUUCAAAAGCGUGGAAGGUUACUAAGUUCAUUUCUGAGCAUGUUUAUCCUUUAACAAGCCCUGAUAAAGUAAUGCAUCAUCAUUCUCACAAGCAGCGACAUCUAUCGAAGCAUUGCAUUAGCCUCACUGAGUUGUUGCAUGAAGAGGGAAUGCAACCAUCUAAUAUUAAAAAGCUGCUUAAUGUUGGAUAUCAGGGACAAGAUGUUGAACAAGUCACCACACAACAGAUGAUUGAUCAUAUCAGAAAGACAUGCAAAGUAACAUUGGCUGUGAAUGCUUAA